AUGACAGAAAUAAACAAAUAUGAGACAAUUAUAAUGAUUCUAAAAAAUCUUAACAAUCCAAAGCUUGCUUAGUAAUACGAGUAAUAACUUAAUCGUCUCCCUUUCUUUAGCUUUUACAAAUAGAUUUUAAAAACAGACACAUUCACCCAGAGUGCAUUUAAGUAUAUCUAACUUGUCUAUUUGAAAAAAGGAUAAGUCUAUAAGCAUUAGAGUAUUUUUAUAAUUAUAUUAAUAGCUGACUCAAUUGAAAAUGUAUUAAUAUUACUUGAAGGGACUUUGUCUUUGAUUAAAAAUGAUUAAAAAAAACAAAAACUUGUAAAGAAAGUAAAACCACCAGAUCAUUUAUUUUAAGCAGAAAUCUAUAAAAAGACUGCCUAUUCAAAACAUAAAAUAAUUGCUCUAACAGAUUGCACAGCUAUUUCAUUAAGCUUUAUUUCAAUUCAUGAAGUAUUAUAUAUCUCUAUAAUUUUAGAUAUCUGUUUAUGGAUUCUAAUUUGUUAAACAUAAAGAGGAGGUGGAAUAUUUUAGAAUGUAAUUUCCAGAUAUUAAACCUAUUGAAUUUAUACCAUUUAUUAAAUAAUUGAAGAAAGAAUAUUUUAUGAAUAAUGUUACAAUUUAUUCAGUCAAUUAAAUUGCCAAUAAAGUUUAUUUUAUAAUAUCUGGAGAAGUGGAAGUAAUAUAUAAUUAUAAUUAAUAUAAGAUUUAUGUUUAAAAUGAAGAUGGAAAACUUUAAAGAAUAACAAUAGCUUGUGAAAAUGAUAGUUUUGGUGAAGAAGCAUUAUCAAAUUCGAUUCCCAGACUAUAUAAAUAUACAACAAAGACAUAAUAUUUUAAGAAAACCAUUGCUUUUGUAUUUGAAGUAAAUUUAAAAUUGUAUUAGAUUGAUGAUUAUUGUCAUAUUUAUGCCCCAAAUCUUAUUAAAUAAUUAGAAGAUAAAAUGAAACUCAAAGAAAAUCUCAUUCUAUAAAAAAUUAAAUAAACUUAAACAAACACUUUGCCAACAAUAGUAUAUGGAUCUCUUAAAAAGCAUUUUAAUUAGUAAGAAAUUCUUAAAUUUAAUAAGAUUCUUACAUAUUGCAUCUCCUUCAUCUAUGGCAUCAUCUAUAAAAAUUAAUAGAGCUAUAAGUCUUAAUGAUGGAGGAUUGUUCAAUUUUAUAGAACUAAAUAAUCCAGGGAAAAAUCAUAAGAGACUCUUUGAAUAACAUGUGAAUAGACAAUUAAUUAAAGAAUAAUAUGAAGAUAGUGGCAAUUAAUCGAGAGAUAGAACGAAAUCAGGGGAAUAUUAGAAAUUUUGGAAUGUUAGUUCAGAGUCUAAAAAACUACCUUAAAUUAAAUAACUUUGA